AUGCUCUCUCUCUCUUACAUAAUGGACGUUUACACAUUGUAUACACUGACAGAGAGAGAAAGGAGUAACGAUUAUUAUCAGCUUCAGAUGACGUCCAAUGGUAACGAUGCCAUUAGGACCACUAGUGAAAAUGAAACUGCUUCCAUAAGUAAUGAUAUUAAUAAUAAUAAUAAUAACAGUAGCAGAAUGACUGUCGUUGAAGACAUCGAUUUAGAGGCCCUCGAUGAACAACAAACCACUAUCGACGCUCAUCAUCACGGGCAUGAAGAAGAAGAGGAGGACACCGGUAGUGAAUGUACAUGUGCAUACUGUGGAAUCGACUCCCCGACUUGCGUCGUGAAAUGCAACCAAUGUAAUAAAUGGUUCUGUAAUGCAAAGAAUGGCGCUAAUAGUUCGCAUAUUGUGAAUCAUCUGGUUUUGGCUCAUCACAACGUGGUCUCGUUGCAUCCAGACUCGGACUUGGGAGACACCGUGUUGGAAUGUUACAAUUGUGGUAGGAAAAACGUCUUCCUGUUAGGAUUUGUCUCGGCAAAGAGUGAAGCCGUCGUGGUGCUAUUAUGUAGAACACCUUGUGCUCAAACGAAAAAUGCAAAUUGGGAUACCGAUCAAUGGCAACCGUUGAUUGAAGAGAGACAGUUUUUAUCAUGGGUCGCUGAAGAACCGUCGAAUGAGGAGAAACUGAAUGCUAAAUUGAUUACACCAAGUCAAAUCUCAAAAUUGGAAGCGAAAUGGAGAUCAAACAAAGACGCAACAAUUAAUGAUAUCGACGCCCCCGAGGAACAGGAUGAUAUUCCGCCAUUGUUGUUAAGAUAUGAGGAUGCUUAUGAAUAUCAGAGAUCCUACGGGCCCUUGAUUAAAUUAGAAGCAGAUUAUGAUAAACAAUUGAAGGAAUCGCAGGCUUUGGAACACAUCUCCGUGUCUUGGUCCCUUGCAUUAAACAAUAGACAUUUGGCUUCAUUCUCUCUGUCUACAUUUGAAUCAAAUGAGUUGAAAGUCGCAGUAGGUGAUGAGAUGAUCCUAUGGUAUUCAGGCUUACAACAUCCAGAUUGGGAAGGCCGUGGUUAUAUUGUUAGAUUACCAAACAGUUAUCAGGAUACUUUCACAUUGGAGUUGAAACCAAGUAAGACUCCACCUCCAACUCAAUUGACUACAGGUUUCACCGCAGAAUUUAUUUGGAAAGGUACGUCAUAUGAUAGAAUGCAAGAUACUUUGAAAAAAUUCGCUGUGGAUAAAAAAUCCAUCUCGGGUUAUUUGUAUUAUAAGAUUCUAGGUCAUGAUGUAGUGGAUAUCUCAUUUGACGUUCCUUUACCAAAAGAUAUGUCGAUUCCUCACUUCACAAAAUUGAAUGCUUCACAAUCUAAUGCAGUGAAAAGUGUUCUUCAAAAGCCAUUGUCAUUAAUUCAAGGUCCUCCAGGUACGGGUAAGACGGUGACUUCAGCAAGUAUUGUCUACCAUCUAUCCAAGAUCCACAAGGAUAGAAUUCUUGUUUGUGCACCAUCAAAUGUUGCCGUGGAUCAUUUGGCAGCCAAAUUGAGAAACUUGGGUUUGAAAGUUGUUAGAUUAACAGCCAAGAGUAGAGAAGAUGUAGAGAGUUCAGUGUCUACUUUGGCAUUACAUAAUAUUGUUGCAAGAAGUGCUCAAGGUGAAUUGAAAAAAUUAUUGAAAUUAAAGGAUGAAGUUGGUGAAUUGUCAGCAUCAGAUACAAGAAGAUUUGUUAAAUUAGUAAGAAAGACUGAAUCCGAAAUUCUGUCAAAGGCAGAUGUCGUCUGUUGUACAUGUGUUGGUGCUGGUGAUAAGAGAUUGGAUACAAAGUUUAGAACUGUAUUGAUCGAUGAAAGUACUCAAGCAUCUGAACCUGAAUGUUUGAUUCCAAUUGUGAAAGGUGCCAAACAAGUCAUCCUAGUGGGUGAUCACCAACAACUGGGACCAGUCAUCCUAGAACGGAAAGCUGCAGAUGCUGGUUUAAAACAAUCCUUGUUUGAAAGAUUAAUCUCUUUAGGUCAUGUUCCAAUCAGAUUAGAAGUACAAUACCGUAUGAAUCCAAAUCUGAGUGAAUUCCCUAGUAAUAUGUUUUAUGAAGGUAGUCUACAGAAUGGUGUCACUGUGGAGGAAAGAACCGUUUCAAAUAGUACAUUCCCAUGGCCAAUUCGUUCUGUACCAAUGAUGUUUUGGGCUAAUUAUGGUAGAGAAGAAAUUUCAGCUAAUGGUACAUCUUAUUUAAAUAGAAUUGAAGCUAUGAAUUGUGAAAGAAUAAUUACGAGAUUGUUUAGAGAUGGUGUCAAACCAGAACAAAUUGGUAUAAUCACCCCAUAUGAAGGUCAAAGGGCUUACAUUUUGAAAUACAUGCAAAUGAAUGGUGCACUAGACAAGGAAUUAUACAUCCAAGUAGAAGUCGCGUCUGUGGAUGCUUUCCAAGGUCGUGAAAAGGAUUAUAUCAUCUUAUCUUGUGUCCGUGCCAAUGAACAACAAGCUAUUGGGUUUCUACGUGAUCCACGUCGUUUGAAUGUUGGUUUAACAAGAGCCAAAUAUGGUUUAGUGAUCUUAGGUAACCCACGUUCGUUAUCCAAAAAUCUAUUAUGGAACCAUCUAUUGAUACAUUUUAGAGAAAAGGGUUGUCUGGUUGAAGGGACAUUAGAUAACUUACAGAUAUGUACUGUUCAAUUAACCAAACAUCAACCAAGGAAAAAGCAAUCAUAUAAUGGAGCUGAUUUCCAAUUCAAUAUGGGUAUGAUUCAAGAUAUGCAAGAGUUCCCAUCUGGUGAUAAUUUUGACACUCAAAGUUUGAUGUCAUUUGGUGGACCAACAAUGUCAAACGCGUAUGAUAAUACAUUUACUCAAAAUAAUGAUUUCUCGUCUUACCUAAACAACGGGCAUUGGGAUUUCGAUAACUAUAAACAGAAUCCUGUUUCAGAGAAUGGUGAAAAUAGCAAUAUAUAUCAGAGUGAGAAACAGCCACUCAAUGCUAAUUUUGCGCAGGAGUUAGAAAAACAACAGGAUACUGAUGAUAAGAAGGAUUCAUACCUAAGUAACAGGUUGAAUUCCUUGAAUAUUUGA